AUGGCGAUCCAAGUAACCCGCAUGGCAGAAGCCGACAUUGACGGCGCAAUCGACACCAUACAACAAGCCUUCGCAAAUGACCCAUACAACAAUUGGGUGUACCCCGACCGGUCAAAAGUCUCUCUGACACGAAACCGGGUGUCUCUCACGCUCCGCUGCCGCUGGGGCAUCCAACAUGGCCUCUUCCACGUCGCGCGCGACCCCUCCAGCCCCUCCAAGAUCCUCGGCUGCGCAAUGUGGCUCCCGCCUCACGCUCCCCGCGAGCCCGAAUCCUGGUCCCUAUACCUCUCCUACUGGUGGCUGUGGGCGAAUCAAAUUCGCAUGAACCUGUGGUACGGGCGCGGCGGACUCAGCACACAGAGAUACUGGAUAUGGAAAGCGCGACAAGCAGAAGCGCAGGAGGAGUUGUGGGUCGAGGAGAAGGGGUAUUACUUUUGUAAUAUUGUUACAGUGUUGCCCGAGGCGCAAGGGGAGGGUGUGGGGAGAGCGCUGAUGGAGGAGGUGUUGCGUAUGGCGGAUAGGGAUGGUGUGGCGUGUUAUUUGGAGAGCAGCAGGGAUGUGCCAAAUGUUGCGAUAUAUGAGAAAUUUGGGUUUAGGCUGGUGAAGGAGAUGGAGUGUCGAGAUGGGGAGGGGGAGAAGGAUGCUGUGAUGCUCUAUUGUAUGACAAGAGAGCCUGGAAGGACUCAAGAUAGUGGGAUAGGGAAGGCGGGAGGGAAGACAAGCGCAACGGAAACAGCUGGAACGACGCCCGAGAUUGGGCAGUGA